AUGGAAAAACUAGCAUACGCGGUCGUAACAUCGGCACAAAAGCUUAGACCGUAUUUCCAAUCUCACACGAUCUUCAUCCUCACGACCUUCCCUCUGCGGACGUUUUUGCACAGCCCAAGUCAGUCUGGCCGGCUAGCCAAAUGGGCAGUCGUGCUAAGUGAGUACGAUAUCGAAUACCGACCAAGGACCAGCGCAAAAUCCCAAGUACUUGAGAAUUUCCUGGUAGAACUUCCAACGGGAACUGUAACUAACAAAGAGCCAAAUUCAACUUGGCUCCUUCACGUGAACAGAUCUUCAUCGAAACAAGGGUUGGGCAUUGGGAUUCGCCUCACAUCGCCGACCGGAGAAAUCCUGGAACAGUCAUUUAGACUGGAGUUUCACACAUCCAACAACGAGGCCGAAUAUGAAGCACUCAUUGCAGGAUUGCGAUUAGCUCACGGAUUGAAAAUACGCAACAUACACACCUAUUGCGAUUCUCAAGUAGUCGCAAGUCAAUAUGGUGGAGAAUACGAAGCAAAGGACGAAAGGAUGGAUGCAUAUCUCAAACUGGUCCACAAUCUAGCUCAGAGCUUCGAUUGCUUUGCCCUUACACGAAUUCCCCGCUCCGAAAAUGUCCAAGCAGAUGCUCUCGCUGCUUUGGCAUCGAGCUCGGACCCAGGUCUGAAACGAGUAAUUCCGUUCGAGUUCAUCGAGCAUCCAAGUAUCGGACCACCAAUCAUUGCUAACCUCAUCAGGGACCAAGACGAUGACGCAGACAAAAUCAUAGUACAACCGAGGAAAAAUCAGAACAGUCCGACUACGGCUGCGACACGGCAUGGCUGGAGACAAUUCGAGCUUACAUCGUCGAUGGAGAGCUACCUUCCGAAAAGUUGGCGGCACGCAAAAUACGUAACGGUCGAUGGGGAAAUUUGCAAAUGGAGAUUGUCCGGCCCACUAAUUACAUGCUUGGGAGAAGAAACGGUGAGAAAGGUCAUGGAAGAAGUCCACUCUGGAUCCUGCGGAAACCAUUACGGUGGAAGGUCGCUCGCAGUGAAAAUUAAACGCCACGGAUACUACUGGCCAACAAUGAUCGAAGAUUGCGGGAAAUUUGCCCGGAAACGUGAAAAAUGCCAAAGGCACGCCCCCACCAUCCGUCAACCCGCAUAG